AUGGUUUCAUUUCAUAUUGGGUGUGCAUUUUUUGAAUUCACAAUCCCUACAUGUCCACUUACUUUUCCAGGUUCUCAACUUGGUAGUCCUGAUCGACAAGGUAGCCCGCCAUACACAGUCCUUCGUAAAGAAAGUCAGUCUUCACGGUCAUCGAGGUCUGCAGGAAAUCGAAAGGGCGAACUUUCACCUUCUUCCAGUAGACCGCACUCGGCGAUUAGCGACAAGCCGAACAGUGUUGCAGAAGAACAACAAGUCGCUUCUAAAGACUCCGAGGGAGUCGGUCCACUUGAGGCAACGAAUCUGUCGCAAACCGUAACAGCAGCAGGAGAAGCUGAUGAUGAACGCCCUAGUACACAAAAAGGGUUAAUGGAUACAACGUUGACCGGUCGAACACCUAGUUUGGGGUCGGAUAAUUUUGGCCAGCAGACAAAACAGGUUGCUCGCUCUAAAUUUUGGGGCGAGGCGCGGACAGUCAUCUUACAACGUGAGCCUAACAAAUCUUUUGGUAUUUCAAUAGUAGGCGGUCGAGUCGAAGUCUCGCAAAAGGGUGGUUUGCCGGGAACUGGGAACACUGUAUCCGGAAUAUUUAUCAAGAGCGUUCUUCCAAACAGUCCAGCAGGCAAAUCUGGCAUGAUGAAUAUGGGGGAUCGAGUUAUUUCGGUAAGCUAGAA